AUCCCCUCUCUCUCUCUCUCACCUGUCCUUGUCCUCAUCUGCUCGGGUCCCUCGGCAUAAAUCCCCUGGGAUCCAUCGUCUCCCUGCACAAUGUCGACCGCCGCGGUGCACUGCGUCGCCCCGCUCGUCGGAGCCAACAAGCCCAAGGCCGCCGCUGCCGCCAGAGUCCUCUCCAACCUCAACAACAGCAGCGGCAGCAACAAGAAGAACGCCUCUUCGGCUCCCUCUCCCUCGUUCCCUCGCCUCAUCAGGAACUCUCCCGUCUUUGCGACCCCAACCACCGCCGCGCCGGCCGUGGAAAUGGAGCCAGUGGAGCGAGUCAAAUCCGGGUUUGCGGACUUUAAGAAGGAGGUGUACGAGAAGAAGACUGAUUUGUUUGCUGAUCUCAAAGAGGGUCAAAGCCCCAAGUUCAUGGUGUUCGCAUGCGCCGACUCCCGCGUGUGCCCCUCCGUGGUGCUCAACUUCCAGCCCGGUGAAGCCUUCACUAUCCGCAACAUCGCCAACAUGGUCCCUCCCUAUGACCAGGUUAAGUACGCCGGAGUUGGGGCCGCCAUCGAGUACGCUGUGCUCCAUCUCAAGGUGGAGAACAUAAUGGUGAUCGGCCACAGCCGCUGCGGUGGGAUCAAGGGACUCAUGUCCGUCAAGGACGACGGCACCACCAGCACUGACUUCAUCGAGGACUGGGUGAAGAUUUGUCUUCCGGCAAGAGACAAGGUGAAGGCCACUCACUCCAGUUUGCCAUUCGAGGAGCAGUGCACCCAGUGCGAGAAGGAGGCUGUAAAUGUUUCACUGCAAAACCUGAAGACCUACCCCUUCGUGAAAGAUGCCGUGGAGAAGAAGUCCCUGAAACUGAUUGGAGCACACUAUGACUUCGUCAAUGGCGUCUUUGAGACAUGGGCGGACUAAAAGGCUCACCCUCGGCUGCUCAAUGUUAAAGCCGGAGUCUGUAGCAAUAACCUAUGAUGUAAUCAUGUGUUUCUGACCAUGGUGUUUACACACCAUGAUGUACCGUUCGACCCUUCUUUUGGAUCAGAACAUCAUUAAGAAUAUAAUAUCCAUCCAAGAUAAAAAUCUGAGAUCAAUAACCUGUAUUUUAGGCUCAGAAUGGCAAAUAUAAAUGGUUUCAGCAGUUAAACUUCCA